AUGUCGUUGAGAAGUAUAGUAAGGGAACUCAAAGAAAUGAGGGAUGGGAUUGGUAACACGUCAAGGCGAAGUGCAGGAAGUAGGCAUUCACAGCGUCGGACUAAGUCACACAUUGUUCCUGAUAUCACUCUAACAUCACUUGAACCUAUUCAGCAGGGACAAUGGGCAAAUAUACCAUCUGAAUUGCUUCUUGAUAUAAUUCGGAGGGUAGAAGAGACCGAGACUUCUUGGCCUGCACGUGCUGUUGUUGUUUCUUGUGCUUCUGUGUGUAAAUCAUGGAGGGCCGUUACAAAAGAGAUUGUCCAGACUCCCGAGCAGUGUGGAAGGUUGACAUUUCCUAUUUCAUUAAAGCAGCCGGGUCCUCGCGAUUCUCCGAUUCAGUGCUUCAUCAGGAGGGACCGAGAAACUUCUACAUAUCUAUUGUACUAUGGAUUGGUGCCAUCUGAAAAUGAGACUGAUAAGCUGCUAUUAGCUGCCAAAAAGAUAAGGAGGGCAACAGGCACAGACUUCAUCAUAUCUUUGGUUGCCGAUGAUUUUUCUCGGUCCAGCAAUGCCUAUGUUGGAAAACUCAGGUCUAAUUUUUUGGGCACCAAGUUCACUAUAUAUGACAGCCAACCUCCACAUGGAGCUGGAAUUCAACCAAAUAGUCGGUCCAGUAGGAGAUUUCAUUCUAAGCAGGUAUCUCCAAGAGUUCCCGCAUGUAACUAUAUUGUUAGCACCAUUGCCUAUGAGCUGAAUGUUCUCCGCACGAGGGGGCCAAGAAGAAUGAACUGCAUCAUGACCUCGAUACCUGUCUCAGCUGUUCAGGAAGGGGGCAAUGCUCCAACUCCUACAUCUUUUCCUCAAAUUACUGAUGAACAUUUUUGUUCUGCACCAGCACCAAAAGGUAAAGGUCCAAUUGGAGAUUUAAGCAACUCAACCUUCUCAGAGAUGCUGCCGGUACAGAGCAAAGGUCCAAUUGAUUCUCUGGUACUUAAAAACAAGUCUCCCAGAUGGCAUGAACAGCUGCAAUGCUGGUGCCUAAACUUCAAGGGCCGUGUUACGGUGGCUUCGGUUAAGAACUUUCAACUUGUGGCUGCUGUUGAGCCAUCCCAUAAUGUUUCUGCCGCAGAGCAAGAAAAGGUUAUCUUGCAGUUUGGAAAAAUUGGAAAAGAUAUAUUUACCAUGGAUUACCGUUAUCCACUCUCUGCCUUCCAAGCCUUUGCAAUAUGCUUGAGCAGCUUUGAUACAAAACCAGCCUGUGAAUGA